UAUUGUAUUUAGAUGUAGCCAAAUCUUGGAGACCUAUUUUUGUUGUUAACAAAGUCAUUUAGCCCUGAUUGCAGACAUGAUGCCUUACCCUCUCUGUGUUGAACGGAUUAAUGUAGGCAUGAGAGUCUGAUGGUGGGCUGAUGGACUAUCAGGCAGAGGCCCUUCACCUCUGCCUGAGCCUGCUGGAAGAGGCAGUGAUGUUAAUUUAAUGUUCAUCCCCUGCCCAAGACUCACAGCCUUUGCCAUCAGAACCCUUGGUACCCCUCAUUUCCAUAUCAGCUGGCUGCCCACCACCAUUUACAAUGGCAGCAAUGGGGUAUUCUGACUGCAGCCUCUCCUGCACUGCUCCCAAAGUACAGAUUUGGCUCCUGAAAUCCUCCCUGGCAGAGGAUGAGGAUAUGACCCCCACUGUGCAGGACAACAGGAUUGCUUUGCUCUCCUCCCCAAAGCAGGGAACACCUCUUUAGUAAGAUUUGCUCUUCUGUCUGAUUGUACCCUGGUGAAAUUCUGUUUAUAGGCGUAACCGAUGGUAAAGUUGAGCCUAAUGAAUUAUCCAGAGCUUUUCUUUUCUUUUUUUUUUUUUUAUAUAUAUAAAACUAAUUCAGUGAGUGUAUAUAUUAGUGACAAUUCCAAAUCUGUCUUUCUACAAUAAAUUGCAUUAUUUGUGAUUCUGUGACUGUGAAAGUUCUUAGUGAACAUGACAAGAUUGAACAUGUUUGAAUUUGCAGUAAUCAGAAAUUAAGCUGAGAUGCACCCAGGCUCUUUGAUCUGUGAGGACCAGCAAGGGGUUCAUUUUCUGCUAAAUGUCUAUACUCUCAAUGGAACAGAGGAAUAUGCAACACUAGUACAAAACUGGCUGCAAAAAAACAAAUAACAACACUGCAAACCUGCCACAAAUUAUUUGAUAUUCAUCAAAUGAAAUGGCUGCAAUAAACAGAUUUAUCUCUAUUUUGGUUUCCCUUUCUUUCUGCUGUGGCUCUGUGCUGUGUGAUAUAUCAUGGGCUGUACCACAGUCUGGCAGGGGCUGAUAGCUCUGGGUGAACAUGCUGACCCCUGUCACUCACCAGAGGUGGUCACUGAUGCACAAACAGCGAGGCAGGAACGGCCCCGGGGAGCUCAGGGGUGCAGAGCCCCCUUGCCACGGCAGCCCUGCGUGUCCUCUGUGCCCCACUGCCUGCAAGGACAGGAUUCCCUGCUCUGUGUGACUGCUCUCCUGGCCUGCUUGCACCUGGUGAUGAGAGGAAAGCGCGGAAGGAAGGCAUGGAAGGAAGGCACAGAAGGAAGGAAGGAAGGCGCGGAAGGAAGGAAGGAAGGCAGGCAGGCAGGAAGGAAGGAAGGAAGUGUCAUCAAUGAGCAUGAUUCGUGCUAAAUUGUAACAAUAUGUAUACUCAGUAUCACUUAAUAUCAAUAGGUUAGUAUUGUAACUUUAUAUUUAAUCAAUACUAGCAGAAUUUGUAAAACUAACUUCAGAUAAAGGCAUAGUGUUAGAAGAGCCCCCCCCCCCGCCCUUUUUCCGUGGCAAAAUACCAUGAGAAAAGAGGACGUGAUACCAAGGACAGUUAGGGUGUAGUGUCCUUGAAGAUGCUAAAAAGAGAUUGAGACGAGUCCAGGAAAACUAAAGCAAGGUCAGAUGUUACUUCUUGGCUAUAUCUAAUAGAACUUAACUAUUUAGUUGUCUAACACUAGCUUGGCACAUAUGUAUAACCUUCAGGGUCAAACGAAGGACAUACAAGGAAGAGGAGUAGCCUUCAUCUCUGCGACCACCAAAAGGAGUCAGAAGACCCUCAAAUAACAACUGGAGCAUGCACAAUGAAGAAGGUGAUGCAGACUUCAAGAAUCGAAACUGGGAGGAGACAGUUGAAGAUGGGAAGAGAUGGGGUGUUGGCUACAGUAUAAAAAAUAGAUGAAAUAGGCUUUGGUUUGUACACGGGGUAGGGUCCUGAACCCUGCACAUGUACCCUGGCCCAGCCAGCCAGCCUCAUGCUUUAUUGAUACCGGGUCCAUUCACUGUUAAAUUACAUUUAUAAAGAAUGUAAUACAUUCUUAUUUGAAUGUAUCCCUUUAUUUAAUUAUAUUCAUCUCAAUUAAAAUUUGCUGCUAAAUUUCAACAUGGAUGUUUUUGGGACCUUUUCAUUUAUAACAGAAGGCAGGCAGGCAGGCAGGCAGGCAGGAAGGAAGGAAGGCCUAUCCUAUGUUUCUUUUUCUAUCAGCAAAACUAGAAUGGAAACUCAUAUCAAAGCAUAAAGCAGACAGCUACAAUACCAGCAAAUUAAAAUUUUUGCAAGUCAAUGCUCUCACCACCAUCAAUAUAAAAAAAAAAAAAAAAAAAAAAAAAAAAAAAAAAAAGAAUAGUUUUGCAUUAAUGCAUCAGAAACUUACUUCCUAUUGGAGUUUAUCAAGGGCCAAAAGAACCCAGGUCCUGAAGCCUGACCCUGAUCAAACAGGGCUCACUCACAAAAGCACAACACUCUCCACUGCACAAAAACAUCUCCGCUCUUUGUGUCACCCAACACAGCCCCCCUGAACCAACAUUCAAAUACUCAAGAGUGACACUGGCCCCGGGUAAGAGGAUACCCAGCACAUUUACAUACCUGCACCUGCCCUGCUCCUCACAGCACCAACACCAAAAUCCCCCCAAGCAGCAGCAGCAGCAGCAGGAGCUCUAUAAAGCUCCUCUUGCCAGCCCUGACACUGCACCAGCAGCAGCCACUGACCUGCCUCAGCCACUGCUGCCACAGCCCCUUGGCCAGCACAGCUCUGCUCCCCAGCUCCCACCAUGGAAGCUUGUCACUCUCCACAGCAAUACAAGGUCACUUCCUAUGGGACCAUAACUGUGGCCAUCAUGAGCCUGGAGGCGUUUGCUGGUAUGUGGAUAAAUUCUUUCAUCGUUUGUGUGCUUUGCAUUGGCUGGAUGAAAAAGAAAACCUUGAACUCAAAUGAGAAGAUCUUGCUGCUGCUGGGAUGCUCCAGGUUUUGUUCCUUGUGUGUCUCAUGGGCAUAUUCAUUUCUUUCACUUAUUUUUCCUAUUUACCUUUAUGUUCACCCCAUACUUCAACUAGCUGUAUUUUUUCAAGCCUUUUUUAAUCAAUGCAAUUUGUGGGUUUCUGCCUCUCUUUGUGUUUUCUAUUGUAUAAAAAUUGCCAAUUUCAGGAACACCUUCUUCAUCUACCUGAAAGUCAAAAUUGACAGGAUGGUGCCUUGGCUCUUGCUGGGGUCAGUGCUUUCAGCCUUGGCUUUGGGCACCGUUAUCAGUAACCUCACUGAAACUGUGCAGGGAAACAACCUCAGUUCCACCUGCCACAGAAAUUUUUGGGAAGCAAGUAUCAGAAUGGAUAAACAUUUUACCUCUUCUUUCUUGCUUGCUGGCUUUGGAUAUGCUGCUUCAUUCAUGGCAGUCGUCUCUUCUGCUGUUUUCCUCCUCUUUUCUCUCUGGAGACACAAACGCAAGAUGCAGACAAACUCCAUGAAGGACCUCAGCAUGGAAGCCCACAUCAAAGCCAUGAAAUCGAUUCUGUCCUUCUUAGUGAUGUACACCAUCAACUUUGUAUGUUUGAUCCUGACAAUAAUUUAUCCCACGAAUAAUGAAAAUACCUUGACAGGUUUUAUAGCCAUAUAUUUGUGUGCUUUUCCAGGCAUUCAUUCCCUUAUUCUGAUUUUCGGCAAUCCCAAGCUGGAAAAGGCAUUGCUAAGGAUUCUCUCCUGUGUGAACUGCGAGUUUUUCAUGAAGUAGCAACUGUGGUAAAAACACAGUAUGAGCCCAUGCAAAAUGUUGAUCUUCCACUGUAGAAAACAAGUAAUUUCUUUAAUUUCUAAUGUAGUACCUCCAUGAAUUGUAGAUGAUACUGCUGUUAUCUCUUCAACAUCUAAUCUGAAGAAAAUUUCAUUCAUAUUUAUUGAGCUAAGUUAUUGUGAGUUAAAUAC